AUGGCCGACCCGCUAUACGAACUUCUUGCACCCUACUUUGACCGGCCUACACCAGCGUCCACGACACGCGAGUCGAUACCUUUGCCUAAUGACCCUACAACAAGCGCCUAUCUCGCCCGCCUACCCACCCUUUCUCUACAACCCUUGACUACGACCGAACCUGCAUACCUCAACUCGGCAACUCAAUCGAGUCUACGCUCGUUGCAGGCACUAUCCAAGCGCUCGCAUCGUUCCGUAAUUACUGCAACCGAUCACCUCUCGAAUCUUUCUACCCUUCUUCCCUCGCUUUACACGCAAUCACAAGAGCUGGAAGAUGCGUUGCCGAACCUCGAGUCGGCUGCUACACACUUUGCGACCAAGUACGACAGAAACACGGACAAUGCCGUACUUGACAGGAGGAAGAGAGCUAUGCUGCUAAGCAGAAACGUGGAUAGAGUCAGCGAUGUCAUGGAGCUACCAACACUGUUAUCUACUGCUAUCAGCUCCUCGUCAGCCGCUGUUACUCAAGGCACUGGAGGCGCAGCUGCUUCUGGUUAUGCUUCUGCUCUCGAUUUGCAUGCACAUGUCAAACGACUGAGAAUAUUGUAUCCGGACUCCAAUCUGGUAGGAGAUAUUUCGCGACAGGCUGAUGACGAAAUCCAAAAUCUCAUAACCGUCUUGAUCAAUGGUCUACAGAAUCCAUCACUCAAACUUGCUGGUGCAAUGAGGAUGAUUGGUUGGCUGCGACGUGUCGCUCCUGAACUUGCCGACGACACCUACAGCAGUGUGAAUGGACAAACAAGGGGAAGAUCUUUGGGGGCUGCCACAGGAGAAGGAUCAUUGGGUGCGCUCUUCUUGGUGUGUAGGCUGGGCACACUACGGCGGACGCUCGAAGCACUAGACCCUCUGAAAGAUCUCGCGGAUCAAGAGACAAGUCGACGAUCAGAGCACAGUGCCCGCCAGGAAGCCUGGAUGGGAGGCGCUCAGACCGAACGUUACUUGAAGAGAUACGUCGAAGUGUUCCGUGAGCAGAGCUUUGCCAUUAUCUCAAUGUACAAAAGCAUCUUUCCCUCAGCAUUACCGAUACCCGGCAUGGCUGGAUCAGAUCUCACAUCACCUGCUGGUACACCAACACAGACCUCGAACGCUUCAGAUGAUGCAGCAACGUCCUUUUUCGAAUCCGACGACGAUAAGACACCAUCAGCACUUGCGACUUUCGCACCACAUCUGGUCGACAUGCUUUCUGAGACUUUACGAACUUACAUGCCGAACAUUUCAGAAAGGUCGUCAAGAGACAGUCUACUCACGCAGGUAUUAUAUUGUGCAGGCUCUCUGGGUAGGUUAGGUGCAGACUUUGGUAUGAUGCUGGCCCUCCUUGAAGAUGAAUUGGACGAAGAGGCCGAAGCCGGCGACAAAAUGCACGUAGACGAGGAUGAACAUGAAUGGGUACAAGUCAUGAAGAAGCACAGAGUGCAAGCUAGUCGACUGGAAAUCCUAGCGAGCGGUGUUGGAUCUGGGCGAAAGACGAGUGCUAGUUUUGAAUCUCGCAGGCCUUCUGCCGUUCCCGGUUAA